AUGGAAGAGCGGCAUCCAGCAUACUCUGAGGCUCACUCUCGUCCCAGCGAUGCAACAGCGCUCAAGGGAGAUUACAGCGACCCCGUCAGUCCUGAUCGAGCCGUCACCACUCCUUCUCCUCCGCCGACUGCCGCUCCUCUCAACCCUGCACCAUCAUCUGCACCCGCUGGUCCAACCUUUCCGGAUGGAGGCUUGGACGCUUGGCUGACCGUCUUGGGGGGCUUCCUCACCUUCUUUGCUGGUCUCGGUUUCAUCUCCUCCUACGCUGUAUUCCAAGCAUACUACGCGCAGAAUCAGCUGCAAGGACGAAGUGAGGCUGCCAUUGCUUGGAUCGGUUCCAUUCAGCUGUGGGGCAACUUUGGUUUCGGCUUGCCCGCCGGUAUCCUCCUUGACCGCUACGGCCCAAAGGUCCCCAUGCUCCUCGGCACUGCGCUCAUCGUGCUCGGCACCAUGACGACUUCGGCUUGCCAGGAUCAGCAGUACUAUCAGUUCUUCCUCUCGCAGGGCUUGUGCUCCGCCUUUGGCUAUGGCUUGGUGUUCAAUCCCGCACUCAGUGUGCCCAAUCAGUGGUUCCUGAAAAAGAGAGGUCUCGUUGGCGGCCUGGUGGUGGGCGGAACUUCAUUCGGUGGUGCGCUCUGGCCAGUGAUGCUGAACCGCAUGCUCAACUUUGAUGGCGUCAGCUUCGGCUGGACGCUGCGAGCCUGCGCUUUCAUCCAGCUCGCCCUGCUUCUUACCGCCACCAUGCUCAUCAAGACUCGCUUCCCGCGCAAGAUGAUCAAGGGACCGCCUCCACUCAAGGAAAUGUUUACCAGUCUGCGCUUCAACACCUUCACCUUUGCUGAGCUGGUCGGCUUCUUUGGUCUCUAUUCGCCCUAUAUCUUCAUCUCCGCCUACGGUGUUCAUCGAGGAGCCUCGCUUUCCACCUCAUUCUACCUCUCCUCGGUUCUCAACGCUACCUCGUUCUUUGGUCGUCUGCUCGUCGGUCUCGGCUCUGACAAGCUCGGCACUUUCAACACCAUCACCAUCAGCACGGCCAUCACUGCUCUCAUCGCGUGGACCUGGCCCGCAGCAACCACCAACGCUGGCAACUUUGUCUGGGGCGCAUUCUACGGGUUUUGGGCUGGCGCAGUCGUCAGUCUCUUGGCGCCGUGCGUUGCGCGCAUCGCUUCCAGCCCGCGUGUCAUUGGCCAGUACGUCGGCGUCAAUACUACCAUCGCCGCGCUCGGCGUGCUUGCUGCAGAACCGGUCGCUGGGCGCCUCAUCAGUAACAACAGGGGCGAUUUUGAUGCCGCGCAAUUCUUCAUCGCUGCCAUGAUCACCGCUUGCGCCAUCCUCUUUGCCUGCGCCCGUCUCACCAUGUCGCGCGACCUGAAGGUGUAA